GUACUCGAACCCGGUGUUUUGGGUUGAGUGUCGAACAAAUUUACGUUGUUUGUAUGCUAAUUAUUAAAGUCGAUUUGUAGCAUUUCGUCAGGCAAUACUACUUCAUUUCAUGCCUAGGUCAUGUAUAAGAUGGAUCAGGCUUCCAAAGAAGCAUGGCAGUGGGUUGAGAGCACAGAAGCUAGUGCCAUAACAAUUGACAACAUUCAGACUUCUUACCGACUCAAAGUCCCUAAAUGCAAACCUGGAAAAUGCAAGAAAAAUUGCAGAAUCAACCCCCGAUGCCUUGUUGGGUUAGGAGAGAAGGCAUGGUUAGAAGACUUAAAAGUAACUAAUGAAGAACCAGAGGAUCCAUGUGAUGUUGUGCGAACAGAAGGAAAUUUUGUUGGGCUAACCAACCUUGGGGCUACAUGCUAUAUCAAUAGCCUGCUACAGCUUUGGUUCCACAAUCCUAUUUUUCGCAAAGCCAUCUACUCCUGGGUUCCCUUCUUUGAUCCUUCGGAAAAAGGCAACAGAACUCUCGAUUUACUAGAAAAGGGUGGUUUUAUUCCAAGUUCUCCUGUUGGUAAAUUACAACUACUCUUUGCCCUUAUGCAGUUUUCUAAACGAAGCUGUGUUAAUCCAACCUUGUUGAUUGCAUCACUUGGAAUAGAUACCACCACCCAGCAAGAUGCACAAGAAUUUUCUAAAUUAUUUCUUAACUUGUUGGAGGAAAAACUCUCGCUCCAGACAGAUCCAGAAGUUUCGACGAUGGUUCCUAAUCAAUUCAGAGGGGAAUAUGAAUACGUAACAAGGUGCUCCAAAUGCCAGAAAGAGUCAUCAAGUCCCUCGGCUUUCUACGAGUUGGACCUGAGCCUUGGUAGUAAAAGCGACGUAACAUUAGAUGAAUGUCUGGCCGAGUUUCUGCAUGAAGAGAAACUGGAAGGCACAGAUCAGUACUUUUGUGAAAAUUGCAGUAGCAAACAGAAUGCGACGCGGAGCAUCCGCCUCCGCCAUUUGCCCGCGAUGCUUAACAUUCAACUGCUUCGAUUCGUCUUUGAUCGGAAAACUGGAUUGAAGAAAAAGGUCAGUUCGACAGUGCAUUUUCCGUUUUCUAUAGACAUGUCGAACUAUGUCAAAACGCAGGGUAUGGCGCAAAGCAACCAGAAUUAUGACCUUUCGGCUGUCUUAAUUCACAGAGGACCCAGUGCCUACAGCGGGCAUUAUAUUGCACAUAUUAAGGAUCCCCUUUCAGGAACUUGGUACAAAUUUAAUGACGAAGUUGUACAAAAAAUAGAGGGUACCAAUUUCAAAUUGGGCAUCGAAGAAGACUUGGAAGAUUCAAAAAAGAGUCGAGCUGGUUCCAAAGCUGGAAAAGGCAGUCAUGGUUCGAGCAACGCUUACAUGCUUGUUUAUAGCCGACGUGACGCUGCGAAACCAGAAAGCAACGUUGCUAGCUCAAACGCAUUAGCUGAUCCUUCGGUCGUUCUACCCUGGGUUCAAACUACAUUGUUCAAUGAAAACGAAAACUUUGAAAAGUGGAACCGGGACAAGGUUUCUCGUAAAGAUGAAAGUUUGAAGAAGAGCAGAGAGAAGCAUUCCAAAAUGAAGCGACAAUAUUGUAAUCUUCCUUGCGACUCGCUUGGUAAAGGCGAAUUUCUACCGACCCAGUGGUUAAUGAGUUGGCUAGGUAACGACGAGAAGUUAGGACCUAUUGACAAUUCCAUUUUACUAUGUGAGCAUGGCAAGCUAAACCCGGAGAAAUUUCGAGAGUACAAGCUCGUUUCUUCCAGCGUGGCUGAUGAGCUGUAUGAAGAGUAUUCCGGUGGCAAACGUCUGAAUGAAACCUCUCUCUGCUGGGAAUGCGUUACGACCAAAUGCCUUACGAGUCAACUUCGAUCGCAGCUUGACCACGAAAGCAAACUCAUAACAAAUUUGAUGAAAAACAAAAUUGAACCGGGCCAACCCAGUUUCUGGAUUGGUAAAGAGUCUUUACGCUCUUGGAAGAAAAUGGUCUUGGACAGAAGAAUAUCUUCCGAACGAGAGUCAGGGAAAGUGAAAACUUGCUCUGGAAAAGCUGUAACCAAUCAAUGUGAAAAUCUCUCCGAAGCACCUAGCAAGUCGAGAUAUAAGUUUGAGAGAAAGAGAAGUAACGGUCAGUGCAAUGGGGCUGGCUCGCUUGAAUUAGACAAGUAUUUCGACAAACAGCCUGAUCGAAGCGAAUGGCAAGCGGAAUUCGAGAAAACAUUAGAAUGGGAAAACCGACCAUCGUCAUCGUCUUCGGUUGGAGAAAUAGGAUUCAAUGAAGAUCUCCUGUGUCCUCACGAUAAAUUGACUGCUGAUGAAGGGCCACGCAGACUGAUCCCUGCGGCUGUUUGGGAAAUACUACAUCGUCAUUUUCCCGAUGCCGUAGAAUUCUCUUCGGCUGAAUCUCCUUGCGAAAAAUGCAUUAGAAUGGUGGAACAGGAAGGCCAAACCAAGGAAUCAAACAAACAGCUGGCGAUGCAACAAAAAGCCGUGCUUCAGGAUCUGUUUCGUUCUAAAAACAGGCCAGAUCCGUUUGCCGAAGGAAACAGCGAGAUUUACGUCAUCGACAAAGAAGUGAUCGACAAGUGGAGAGCUUUUGUCAGGGAUCCUUCUCGAAAAGAGCCAGUUACGUGUUUGUCCAACGCCCAGCUGCUGUGCCAUCACGAGGGACUGCUUCAUCGGCCAUCGCCAGACAUCGAAUCCGAGUCCAGGUUCGUUUAUUUAUGGCCCUACGAAUGGGACGCGCUGUCUAGAUUUGCCAAAGUAGACAGGAUCGUUCUUGUGCGCCGUAUCGUCCAUGAAGACGGCGCUGGCGUUUCUCUUAACACGGAACCAGCCGUGUGCGAGAGCUGCCUCGAGGAGCGGCUGGAGGAGGAGCGACGAUCGCAGCUGGUCUACAGCCGGGCGGCCAUCUACGUACGCCAAGUCGACAAGAUCGGUGCAUUAACCGACAUCCUUUUGGACGUACCUUCUACUUUAGCCUCUGCGUCUUCCACUGCCGAAGAUCCUGAUUUCCAGAUGGGAUCAGAGACGAAGAGGCCUCGACUAGACAGCCAAGCGUUGGCCGUGUCGUGCCCAUCACCUUCGCUAUCUCCGGCUGCUACAGGCCACCAGCAGGCCAGCAGGAGGAGUGCGCGUCAAAGACGAGGCCGUGGCGAGAAGGAGAUCACCGUCUCAUCCGAUCAGACUUUACUCGAUCUCAAGCGUGAAAUUAUGAAAAAGUUUCAAGUGGCGCCGUUCGACCAACAUUUGACAUGCAACGGACGUGACUUGAACGACAACCAAGCGACGUUGGCCUCCCUUCGUAUCUUUCCUGGCACCGUCAUCAUCCUGCAGGCGGACGAGCCGUCUGAAGAUCCGUCCCUCAUGGAAGACUAUGCACGAACGGCCCUUCCCGAGGAAGGAUUCAAAGGGACAGAGCUCCUCCGUAGCUGAAGUAUCCCCCCUUUUUUUCUUUUGUUGUUGUUGUUGUGAGGGUGGGGUUGGCUUCUGUUACGCAGUGAAAUCGUCAAGUGCCUCAACACAGAAAUUCGACUAGGGAUUAUCCCAAAUGGACUCGGCAAAACGAGUGGCUUUCUUAUACCAAUGUCUGUUAAAUCCUUGUUGUUAAACUGGUUCAUCAACUUUUGGAAAGAAAUAGCAAAAAAAAAUAAUAAAUAAUCAUGGGUUAUAAUUUUAGUUUUUGUUUGUUGUACGUUCUGCUCAAAACAAAAAUAAAAACUACAGGGAGCUAAUGCCCCCCAUUUAUCCUCCCUCGAAUUGCCCGCCAACAUCCGUUGAACAAAAAUGUGUGUUCCUUCAACAGAUUCUGUUUCUUACUUUUAUACCCAGCAGCUGAAUGUCAAGUAAUCAUUGAAUUUUUAAAUCCUUUUGCUAAUCUUGUUACCUACUCCCCUCACCUUCAAUUUUGUUAUGUGAUUGGAUCUCGAAAGCAAAAGUAAAGAAAGAAACCAUAGCGACACAAAACUGAAACAUAAUACUAAAUGAACACAAAAUUUGUAAAGAAAUA